AUGGAAAUCUCUCUUCAACAAUACAACACUCUUGAUAUUCCACAAGGACUUACUCAUCAAAAUAUUUUUUUUGAAGGAAGAAUUGAAAAAGAAAAAUCUCUUGUUUUCUUUGAUUGGCCAAAUACUUCGUUAAACUUUAUGCUUCCUUGUGGUAGUACAACUUUCUAUAUGAGGUGUGUAGGAACUUGUUUAUUGAAAUUUGUAGCAUCUGAGCUUCCAUUAAUAAGAAGAAUACCACCAUUCCAUGGAUUACCAAAAGAACUUGAGUUUAAUACUUUUGUUAUUGAAAGUAAUUAUUUUACAAUAACAAUGGUAAAUAAAAAACCAAUUGCACAAAAGGUUUCUUUAAUUAAAAUAAGUGAAGCAAGAGAUGGUGCAAUUUGUUUUUAUGGAGCAAAUAGACGAAUGGAACAGUUUGAUAUUCAACCCCGAAAAAAAAUAGAAAUUAUUGGAGAUUCAUUAUGUUGUGGUUAUGGAAUGUUUCCUCUUCCACAAUGUGAUAGUGUUCCACUUCAAUCUGACUCUUCAGAGGCAUGGUGUUCUCAGAUUGUAAGAAAAUUGAAUUUGGAAAGUCAUAUGGUUGCAUGGAGUGGUAUUGGAGUAGUAAGAAAUUGUGAUGAAGUUGAAUUUCCAAAUGACAAAAAAAAUAUUGAUAAACUUUGGAGAAGAAGAAACGCUGGAGAAAAUAAGUCUAAGUGGGACUUUACAGAAUGGAUUCCAGAUUAUGUUAUGAUCAAUAUUGGAAGUAAUGAUUUUUGGGAUGUUGGAGCAUCUAAUCCAUCAAGAAAUGAUAUUCCAACAGCUUUUGUUCAAAAAGAAGAAGAAAUAAUUCAAGAGAUAAGAGAAAAGGAAUCUUUACAAGCUUGUUUAUCUUCAGAUUCAAGUUCAAAUGAUAUUUCAAAGAGUGACACUGAAAUAGAAGAAGAAAUAAAGAAUAAUAAAACAAAAAAAGAGAAAUUAGUAUCACCAUCCAAAUUAGGUAGAGUUGUUUCACCACAUGAAGCAGAAGAAAUUCAAAACAUUCUUGUUGAAAAUAAAGAAAAAGAAAAUCAUAUAAUUAAAAGACUAUUACAAGAAUGGAAUGAAAAUCAUGAACAAAAACAAACAAUUUUAGAUGAUUUUAUUGCAAAUGAUGAGAGUGAAUUAGAUGAAGUAUUUGAACAACGAUGUGAAGAAUUUAUUAGUCAUAUAUUAACAACUUAUAAAAAGGCUAAAAUUAUUAUUGUGAUUGGUCCUCUUCUUGCUAGAGAAGGUGAAAUUGCUUGGAAAAUGGCAUUAAAGGCAUUACAACAAAAAGAACCAGGAAGAGUUUUUGAAGUUAAUUGUCAAUUAUGUUAUGAUGAAAAUAAAAAAGAGUGUUGGGGAUUUAGAAGACACCCAACUUACAUAGCUCAUACAUUGAUUGCAAAUUGCUUAUUACCACAAAUUGAACAAAUCAUUCAUUAA